CCGGGCUUCCCCUGCACCAAGAUCCCAAACACCUUUGAUGGAGUUCCCCAAAAUCCCAUUCUCUCUCCCCAGCCUCUUCUGCCCGGAAGACGGCAGCCUCCUCGCCACCGACAAAGACGACGGCGAACUUGACGACGGCUUCAUAUUCUUCAACGAUUCCUCCUUCAACCAAACAGACGAGCAGUACAUUGAUGUUCUCUUCUCCAAAGAGAGCUCUUUGCUCUGCCACCACCUAUCUGCAAAGGAAACCUAUUUGCUCCCCGACAGAUCCGAAUCCGUCCGGUGGAUUCUCAAGAUGAAAUCCUACUUCCGUUUCGGCUCUCAGACCGCUUACCUCGCAGUAACUUACAUGAACCGGUUCUUUCUCCGACGGGCAAUCGAUGAAGAGAAGAACUGGGCCACGAGGCUUUUGUCAAUAGCUUGCUUAUCUUUAGCAGCGAAGAUGGAGGAGUGCUCCCCGCCAUUGUUGCCUGAGUAUUGCUUAGAAGAUUCGUGGUUCAGUAGCGAGUCGAUACGGAGAAUGGAGCUCCUUGUGUUGGACACGCUGGAAUGGAAACUGCAUUCAGUGACGCCAUUUGCUUACUUCAGUUAUUUUGCAUCAAAGUUCAAUUUUAAUCGUUGUUCCAAGGAUCUAUUCUCUAAGGCCACUUCAUUCAUUUUCCUUGUUCUUGAAGCCAUGAACUUGAUGCUUUACCGCCCUUCAGCCAUAUCUGCGGCGGCCAUCUUGGCUGCAUCAGGUGACCGGUUGACAAAGACUUCAUUGGAGUCCAAGAUUUGCUCAACCUCAAUCUCUGAAUCUCUAAAAGUAGAGCAAGUCUUCUCCUGCUAUAAUGCAAUGAUUCAACAGUCCAACAAGAAGAAGAAAAUUGGAUCAAGAAAAACUUUAUUUUUAUCGGAUGCAUCAGAAAAUUGUUCUAAGCGGAGAAAACUGCAAUAAUUAAUGUAUUUAAAUUACAGAACGUAAGCAGAUCUUUCUCAAACUGUCUGCAGUAGGAAGAUAACUGAAAGAUGGUAGAGAAAGUGAAUCUUUUUUGAUUGAGAUGGAAGGAAUGAACCAAUGAAGAAUAGUUUAUAUAUAGCCGCUGUUAUUUUGUUAACAAUUUCAUUAUAUUAAUUUUGUUGAAUUUGUAAUUUUCAUUUUAUUUUUUUGGUGGUGUGUAAAGAUUCUAAUGGGCUCAGAGAGGUGUGGGUGUAUGCUAAACUGCUUCUUUAUUUAUGUUGUUGAAAAGACCAAGCAGAGAGGAGUGUUGGUCUGUACCUGCUAGAAAAGUAGGGGA